CUCCAACUCAUUAUAACAACAAUGGCCACUGAAAAGCUUAGAAAUUGCGCCAACUUCUUUGAGAACUCUAAACACCACUUUGCCAUGAUCGCUUUACAGUUCGGCUAUGCAGGCAUGAACAUUAUCACUAAGGUUUCACUCAACCGAGGCAUGAAUCACUAUGUCCUCGUUGUUUAUCGCCACGCCUUUGCAACUGCUGUCAUAGCUCCAUUCGCCUUCAUCUUUGAAAGGAAAUCUCAGCCAAAGAUAACAUUUCCAAUUUUCAUGCAAAUUUUCGUCCUCGCUCUGCUGGGGCCUGUGAUAGAUCAAAACUUCUACUAUGCUGGGUUGAAAUUAACAUCCCCAACAUACUCAUGUGCAAUGAGCAACGUGCUUCCUGCCAUGACUUUUGUGAUGGCAGUUUUAUGCCGGAUGGAGAAGAUCAACAUGAAGAAGGUGAGAUGCCAAGCGAAAGUGGUGGGAACCUUGGUGACUGUGGCUGGGGCCAUGAUUAUGACCUUAUACAAAGGUCCUAUUGUGGAGAUGGUGUGGACCAAACAUGAAUCUCAUCAUAGGCAAAUCAAUAGUGCAACAAAUACCACAAAAUCUUCAGACAAGGAUUGGUUCAUAGGCUCCAUUUUCCUAAUCCUUGCCGCCCUUGCCUGGGCAGCCCUUUUUGUUUUACAAGCCAAAGCCAUAGAAACGUACAAAAAUCAUCAACUAAGCCUCACAUCAAUAAUCUGCUUCAUAGGCACACUUCAAGCUAUUGCUGUUACCUUUGUUAUGGAACACAAGGCUUCCGUGUGGACAAUUGGCUGGGAUAUGAAUUUACUUGCCGCUGCCUAUGCUGGGAUUGUUACAUCAAGCAUAUCAUACUACGUACAAGGGUUGGUAAUUCAGAAGAAAGGCCCUGUUUUCGCUACUGCAUUCAGCCCUCUGAUGAUGAUCAUUGUCGCCAUCAUGGGUUCCUUUGUCCUAGCAGAGAAUAUUUUUCUUGGAGGUGUGAUUGGUGCCAUCUUGAUUGUAAUAGGCUUAUACUCAGUUCUGUGGGGAAAGCAUAAAGAACAAGUGGAGAACAAAGUGGCAAAGGAUAUACCCUUGCCUUUAAAGGGUGCUCAGGUUGAUCGAAUUAAUCCAGGGGCACUUAUUGAUUCCACUGAUCAAUCAUCUGAAGCAAAAUCUGAUCAGAAUGCAGAAAUCAACAAGCACCCUUCGAUUGUUAUUAGCAUGCCUAUCCCUGAGCCUCCCAUGAAAGCUAACAAUUAA